AUGAUGAGCCCCGAAGUCAAGUCGAUCGCGUGCGGGUGGUCGCAGUGCACCAACGGCAACUACGUCUGGUGCAAUUACAACACGCCCGUGAAGAACCCCAAGAUCGCCAAGAUCGCCGGCAUGUCCAAGGUUGAGUUGAAGGCUAGUUUGACGGCGUAA